CAGAAAAUAUAAAAUAAUUAAUGACGAAAGUUGUCAAUUACAAAGUUAAUGGUUCUGGAAGAGAUACAUAUAUAAAUUAUGGAAAUGGUGGUUUUUAUAAAUCAGACACAUUACACACUGAUGAGUCUUUCUAUUAGUUGACUAAGCAAAACUCAUUGCCUAUAAUUAAUAGCAAAUUUAAUCUUUAUCAUACAGAUGGAACAGGUCGAGAUUCAUAUAUUAGGUAUGGGAAAUGCAUAAAAAAAGCGAAACUCAGGGUGGUUUUUAUAGCUAUCAACCAAGGAUAAAUUUUUUAGGGAGAUUAAGAAAGUAUGACCCAUCACCUGAAGCGAUUAGAGCGAAUGAUUUUUUAAGAAAAAGCUAAAUGGUGAAACCAGCAAAGGAGUAGGAGCGUUAACUAAAGUAGAAAUGUUAGAGUAUUUUAGAUAGAGCGCAGUGGUGGAACAAGUAACUUAGAGACUACAAUUACCGAAAAUCAAAAGGGAAUGAUUUAUUAUAAUAUAUAUAUUUUAAAAUGUCAGAUAGCUCGUCUGAUGAAGACUAUCGAAAGAUGAAUAGGAAAGCGAAGAAGUCUUAGGUGCGUACUAAUGUUUAAGAUCCAGAAUCCACAAGAUUUGCAUAGGAAUUCGCAUAGAGAUUGUUAAAAGAGAGAGGAUGUACAUAGUGUGUAUGCUAAGGGAAGUUGACAUUACAGAGGAGGAGAUGGGAUUCAAAAAACAAGCAACAAAACAAGUGAAGACCACUACAUAUGUGCAUAGUAUAGAUUAGGCAACAUUUAAGGAAUUAUAAAAGGAAUUCAAUAAAUGUGAAAACAUUGGAUAGAUUUGUACAAUCUUAAAAGCAUUGAGUAAUCAUAAGGAGGCAACACCUUAAUAAUAAUUACAAUACAAAAUAUAGAGAAGUGAUUUCUUAAUAAAGAAUAGGAUGUAUGAGGAAACAAAAACAGAAUGUUUUGAAUUGUUGGAAAAAGAAUUGGGAGUAUUGGAAAAAGUUAAGGUGUUAUUAUCAUUAUGCAAGGCAUAAUUAGAAACUAAUGAAACAUAUAAUGGAUGCAUGUAAGCUUUAAGAUUAAAAAGCUAUGCUGAAACAGUUAAACUAAUGCCAUCAUUUAAUUUGGGUAUUUAUGAUCUCACUCCAGAAUAAAUAUAUAAAUAGAUAGAUGAUAUCUAUUAAAAUACUAUAUUUAAGAUUUAGAGAGAUAAUAAAAAGGUUAUAUCUCUUCUUGGCGUUUAAGGAAAUAGUGCAACAGGUUGUUUAGGUUAAGGAGAUUUAAGUUAAUGUAGUGAGUUAACUUAAUAUUAAAUAUUUAAGAAUAGGAAAAUAAUAUCAAUAGGAUGUGGAGAACAUCAUGUUAUCGUUUUGAUAAGUGGAUGUUCAUGUAUAAAUCCUCAUUAUGUAAAUCAAUGUAAAGGUGAUAAAUGUAAUAAUGGAAAUGAAGUAUUUGGAUGGGGAGAAAAUUUCUUAGGUUAAGUUACUAUGAAUGAAUAGGAUGGUAAUUUUAUAAGUGUACCACAUAAUAUUAAUUAAUUAAGUAAUAAAAACAUUAUUGGAGUAUAAGCUUAUAAAUGUACUUCAUUGGCUUGGGAUUCAGAGGGUCAUAUUUAUUAGUGGGGAACUAAACAUAGUUUUAAAAUUGAUAAAAUGACUGAUAUUUAAUAAAUAGUAUUAGGAUUUAAAUUUGGAGCAAUACUUGCUAAAAAAUCAUUAUUUAUAAUGGGUGAAUUAGAUGAAAAUAUAAAAUAUUCUAAAUUAACUAAAUUAGGUGAUAAUAUUGAUUAGAUUGCAUGUGGAGAUAAUCAUUUGAUUUCAUUAAAUUCAGAAGGUGAAGUUUGGGGAAUUGGAUAAAAUAACUUUCAUUAAUUAGGAGUGUAGAAUCAUUAAUAAUAUUCAAAGAUACAAGAGGAAGAAUGUUUCUAUAUUAAUGCUAAUGAAAAUGCAAGUAUCUUUGUUACUUCAGAUGGAGAAGUCUUAUAUUGUGGUUAAGUAAGUAAAGAAAAAGUUAUCGAUUAUCCAAAAACAUUAUAAAUUGAUGAAGAUGUACAAAUAAUUUAAGCUUGUACUUAUGAUGGUGUCAUCUAUGCUUUAAAUUUAUAAGGAAAAAUAUUUAAAUGGGACAUUGAUAAAGAACCUAAAUCUAAGUUAUUCUUUUCUGCUCCUGUAAGAUAACUUCAUCUUUGUAGAGGAAUCAGAUUAUGUGAAACUACAUCAUUAUAAGGUGAAUGGUGUAGAUUAGAAUUAGAAGAUUAAGAUUAAGAAUAAGAAUACGAUUAAUUUGAAACAUUUACAGAUAUCAAUCUUAUUGUUAAUCUUGGAGAUAAAUAUGGACCUUAUGGAAUUAAAUAAACUCAUCCUAUUAGAUAUAAUAUAUAUAUCUCAGAUGAUACUGAUAUUACACCUGAAUAAUUAUUACAUAAAUGUUAAGUUGUCUCAAUGAGCAAAAUUUAAUCUUAAUAAGAAAAUAAAAUUUAUCUUAAUUUCAUGAAUGAUGGUUAUAAAGCUGAAAUUAAGGAAAUAGAAGAACCCUCUAAACACAAACUUAUUAUAUAAAUUAAUAAACCAGGUAAUUAUUAAGUUUACUUAUAUCUUAAUGAAUAAUUACUUAUUGAUUGUCCAUUGAAUCUUAAUCUUAUUGCUGGAAGUAGAUAAGAUGAAUUGAUGUAAGCAGAAGAAUUAAAAAAAUAACAACAAUAAGCAGAAUUAUAAAGAAAAUAAGCAUUACUCUUAAAAAAGUAAUAAGAAGAUGAAGAGAGGCAAAGAUUACUCAAUGAAUAAUAAUAAGAAUUAUUGAUGAAAUAGUAAGAAACAAGUAAUCUUAUUUCUUUAUUAUUUAGAAAAAAGAGCUGAUGAAAAAUUGUAAUAAUACUAGUUAAAAAUGUAAGAAGAAAAAAGAGUCAAAGAUGAAGAAAGACAAUUAAAGAAAGAUUUAUUAACUGGAGGAGGUUUUGAUCUUAAUAAGGCUAAAUAAUAAUAAGUUAUCUUAUAACAAUAACAGGAGUCAAAUCAAAGUAAUAAUAAUCCACCUAAAAAAAUUAUUAAAUAAGUUAAUACUGUUCUCACAUAAAAAGUUAAAUAGUAAAUGCAAAAUUUAUAAUAAGAAAGAUAAUAAUUAUAAUCAUUAAACAAUCAAUAAUAAUAAUAAUAAAAAUAAUAGACUAAACCUUAAUCUUAACCUCCAAAAUUGAAUCCUGUCAAAGCCACCCCAAAAGUACUUUAAAGUAUCUAGUCUACUAAAACCACUGAUAAAGCGUUUUCAACUCAGGAGACAUUUAAAGAAUUAUAAUAGACGGGACAAUUCAGAAAAACUGAUACUUAAUUGUAAAAGAUACAAUAAGAGUUCUAAUAAGAAUUUUAAUAGUUGAAAAGAUAAGAAACAAAUAAAUAUAAAAGAUGA